GAUUGACCACCAAAAAUAGAUUGGUUGAGGCUUAACGUUUAAAGCUCGCUUAUUUGACAGGUCCACAUGCAAGUCUGCAUUUACACAGUACCCGGUAGUACAUGCUUGUUAAAGCAUGCCAAAGAAGUGUUAUUCAAUAUGUUUGCAGGCAAAAGAAGCGGCUGUCAUUUGCAAGAUCACGCAUUCAUAAUAUGCCGUGUGAAGUGACCAAUCGGUUCUUGAUACUGUACGGAUCUCAGCGCGGUCAGGCUCAAUCCAUAGCUGAAGAGAUUUGUGAACAAGCGACUGAACAUGGAUUUACAGCUGAUAUAUUUUGUCUGAGCAAUGUGAAAAAGUACAACGUUGACAGUGAAACUCGUCCAAUAGUUUUUGUGGUUUCCACAACCGGUGAUGGUGACCCUCCAGACACAGCUCAGAAGUUUGUGAGAAAGAUUAAGAAUAAAUCACUGCCACAUGACAGCUUUGCCAAUCUGUGUUAUGCACUGUUAGCUUUAGGAGACACAAACUACGCAAAUUUCUGCAACUGUGGAAAGACUAUUGACAGACGUCUGCAGCAACUUGGUGCCAAACAUUUCUAUGCCACUGGGCACGCAGAUGACGGCACUGGACUUGAAGUAGUGGUUGAUCCUUGGAUUGAGGGACUUUGGGAAGCUCUGAAAAAAACAUUUGCCAAUAUGUCCACCGCAGAUCAACAGGGUGCUGCCCACAGUGACAGUUCUUUAAAAAAUCCAUCCAGCCAGGAAAAUAAUAGUUCAAAUCUAGAGGUCGAUCUUCAUCUUUUAAAGCUGAUUGAAACAGACUUGCCUAAAGAAAGUACACCAGACUGCAGUCAAACAGAGACUCUCAUCCCUUUGGUUGCAUCUCUGAAACAUUCAGUAGCACCAUUGUCAGAGUCAGUUCUUAAUGUUCCUGCACUGCCCCCUUCAUAUCUGGAGGUCCUUUUGGAGAACCAAUCAGUGGAAGAGGAGAUGGUCCCAGCUGAUAAAGAAGGGUAUCAUGAAGUGCCUGUUUCAAAAGCAGUUCAGUUAACUCGAGAUGAUUCAGUAAAAACUGCCAUUUUACUGGAACUUGAUGUUUCCGAGCAGAACAUGGCUUACCAGCCUGGGGACUCCUUUGAUGUUCUUUGCCCGAAUAGAGCGAGUGAAGUUGAAGAGUUGCUUUUGAGAUUGGGGCUACAGACACAAAACAAUUAUGCCGUUCAGAUUCACCUGCUUGAAAACACCAGUAAGAAAGCAGCAAAGGUUCCACUUCACAUCCCUCAGGGAACCUCUCUGCAGUUUAUUCUUACCUGGUGUGUGGAGAUAAGGAGCGUUCCAAAAAAGGCGUUUAUCCGGGCGUUGGCAGACGUCACUCAGGACAGUUCAGAGAAACGAAGGCUUCUGGAGUUAUGCAGCAAACAAGGCUCCGCGGACUACAAUGGUUUUGUUAGGGACGCCAAUUUAUGUGUGUUGGAUCUCCUCAGAGCCUUUCCGUCCUGCCUACCUCCCCUUAACCUUCUCUUUGAGCACUUACCAAAGCUUCAGUCCAGAGCCUAUUCGGCUGCCAGCUCUAGCCUUCAGCAUCCUGGGAAAGUUCAUUUCGUGUUCAAUGUUGUGGAGUUCCCCGCGUGUCCAGAGCAUUCAGCGAGGACGGGGUUGUGCACGGGCUGGCUGGCUGAUCGUGUCUCUUCAAUCUUGGCUCCCACUGGGACGCUACCAGCUUCAGAGUGUCUUGACACUUCCGCCCCACCGAAGCAAGCAAAAAAAUCAGCGAAUGAGGUAUACGUGAGACCUCGUCCCAGCAGUACCUUUCAUUUGCCUGCUGACCCCUCUGUUCCCAUAGUGAUGGUGGGCCCUGGGACAGGAGUUGCCCCCUUUAUUGGCUUUCUGCAGCAAAGAGAAAAGGAGCGUGAGGUCAACCAGGAAGUCACUUUUGGAGAGACGUGGCUCUUUUUUGGCUGUCGCUAUAAAGAGAAAGACUUUCUUUUCAGAGAGGAGGUGGAGAGAUUUGUGCAAAAUGGAACCCUGAACCAUCUGAUCGUGUGCUUUUCCCGAGACGAAGAACCUGAUGUUGGGGGAAAUGUUAAGAGAGCGAGAUAUGUCCAGCAUAACUUGCUUCUUCAUGCUAAAAGUGUUGCCAGCAUCCUCCUUAAAGACAAAGGCUAUCUCUAUGUUUGUGGGGAUGCAAAGAACAUGGCAAAGGAUGUGAAUGACACAUUACUGGAGAUCAUAGGAAACGAGCUUCAACUCGAUAAGCUGGAGACUAUGAAGACGGUAGCAGGACUCCGUGAGGAGAAACGAUAUCUACAGGACAUCUGGAGCUGAGAGAGCGAACCCUGGCAUCUUAUUCACAGACAUAGAUGAGCAAAUGACUUCUCUGCCCUUCCAGUUCAAAUGUGCACCACAGGUGUCAUUGAGUGAUAGGAGAACUCAUUAACUGCCUUUCAACUGCCUUAACAAGUCCCAAGGGUAUCCCUUUUCCAUUUUUUCUGCAUUAUAGAGCAUUAUCUGACAGUAGAGUAAGAUAUGUUUGGUCGAAGUAUUUUAACUGUGCCCUUUAUCCAAUUAUUAAAGAAGAGACCCGCA